CCUUUUGUCGGAGUUCCGAGAAUCGGAUGAUAUGGAAAGGGAUGUUGUGCUCGCCGACUUUCAGGCAUGUACAGGAAUUGAUAAUUUGGAGUACUGCAUUUCCCUGCUCGAAGCACAUGACUGGAAUCUUGGAGCAGCUGUGACGUCUGCCCUUGCGGAUAGCACCCAGGAUGUCGAUAUGGACUUCUCUAUGACGACUAAUGAACUUCCACGCGCCACCUCUACUGUUUCCGAUCGUUUCAAACCUAUACAUCUUGAAAGUAAGACAAGCUCACAAAUUACUUCGCUGCUGAACCCGGCAAUCAGUAACGAGGCACACGAUCUAGGCGCCUCAUCUGUCAAUCCUUCUGGAAGUCGGUCAACAUUUGGCGAGUCGCAUCCAGUUACGGAGAAAGACACCGGCUCCGUUCUGGAUUCUGGUACUGUGCGAAUCCUGCACUUCGAUAUCGAACUUGAGUUACCUACGGACGAUGGCUGCCACGGAUCCGGAGUAUGCAGUGAGCGCUUUACUUUCCCUGACACAGAGACAGUCGGGUCUUUGAAGCAGCAUUUUAUCGACCUCAAAUCCGCAGAACUCAUACUUUUGGCCACUUCACCCGCCUGGAUUUCGGUGAUCCCCGAGAUUACGCCCUCUCAUUUACUUUCCCAUCUCAGUUUGCAAGGACCAGACAACUAUAAUUUCAACGAUAAUUCGGUCACAUUGCGAACACUGCAUCUGCCGAAGUACAAUUCGCUGCGUGCCACUUUGACUUCUUCUGUCCAGCCAACUACACCUGACAACGAAUCCCCAAAUUACAUCGAAAUACAGCUCCGGGUUUCUCAUCCACACUCCUCUGUUGGUACCACCACCACCACCACCACUACCCAUCCCAUAUCGUUGCGUUUUCCACUGGAUUCUCCAAUCAGCCGGCUGCGGCAAGACGUUGCCAAGCUCACUGGCAUUCCCUCAUCUCAUCAACUGUGGAGUGCCCGAUCAUCGGCUGACGAACUUCAGUCAUUAUCCUCAAGUUCUUCCGUGUAUCGACUUUUGGAUGAACUCAUCCGCGAUUCGGCGGCAUCCACUGGCACUAGAUUCUCGCCGGGAAGGUCAAGUGAUCCAACUUUCGCUUCAUUGGGUCUACAUCCCGGUACGCUGUAUUUUUUGAACUUGUCCGAAUCAUCCGCUUACCCUGAUCACCCUGUUCCAAAAGACAUCAAAAAGCCAGUCUCUCGACAAGCCUUGCGUGCUUGUGACCAUGUAGAACCUGAUGAUGGUCCCCAUCCUGCAUGCUCUAAACGACCAUCAGAUCCUAUGUUUCCGCACUCAAAAUAUGACGAAGCUGCCCGUCCAGAUGACCCCACCUCCGACAAUGAGGCUGACGAAGUGGAUAUCGAUCAGGCAUACUCCAGUGACGAACUCCUUACUGAAUUUGAGCAUCCGAAACCAUCCGUUUGGAACUGUCCGCUUAUAUCUGACUCAUGCCACGAUGGUGAUCCUGCUGAAGCCACAGAACAAUUUUGUCGUCUAUUCAUGCAGCGCUAUUGUGUAGACGGCGAGACAAUGGCCCCGCCCUUCAUCACUGGCAGUCUGGAGUCCGCUUUACAAUCUUCGGUCGGCACUGUUAAUGUUUCCACUCGGAAGCCGCUUUUCAUUUAUUUGCACAACGAUGAGAGCAUCGCUUGCCAUGUGUUCUGCCAACAAAUUCUUUGUUCAACCGAGCUGUGCCAAUUCUUUGGUGAAAACGACUUUUCUGUCUGGCCGUGGGACGUAACACGGCCGCGUGCAAAGGAAAGACUCCUGGGCUGGCUGGAGAACAAGAUCCCAAAUUUGUCGAAUGUGAUUAAGCCGUUGACGGUCGAUAGUUAUCCUGUGCUUUCAAUGGUUGGAAAGCUCUCCUCCCAACUUGAGGUACUCUGUGUGGUGUUGGGCACUGGAGCCAGCACUAGUAUCCUCAACGUAGUUUUAGACGAUUCUGCCUUCCCUACACUGGACUCGGAUAUAAAGCAUCGCCUGCGCCCUCUUCCUUCGGCAACCACUGGUAGUCUCAAAUCUGAUCUUGUAUUGGCCGAGUUAUGGCAGGCUUACACGACCUAUUCGGAAUUACUUGCUCCAGAACUGGCUGCAGAGUCAGAUCGCAUAGCCCGGCAGCGUGUUCGCGAAGAACAAGAAGCAGCCUACCUCGAAUCUCUGCGAUUGGAUCAGCUCAAGGCACUUACAGCCGAAAAGCAGCGGCUGGAACAGCAGCGAGUCGAGGAGCAGCGCAUGCGCGAGAAUGCAGAGGCAGCUCAGCGUCGUCUACAGAUGGCCGCUACUCUCCCAUCUGAACCGCCUGAUUCAAGCACCCCAGCUGCGGAGGCAUUUUUAGCCUCUUUACGUGGUUCAGCUGGCAUUGCGUCCCUGCGCUUUCGCCUUCCCCGCAACCAUACUUGCCCUUCCACCCAAGUCAACGGAGUAGUGAACGGCUUUCUCGUUCGGCGUUUUGCCGGCUCUGAUAAGCUUUCAGCCGUGUUCGCCUUCAUGGAAUCUCAGGGCUUCGCUCUAUCUGAGUAUAAAUUGUUAACAACAUAUCCUCGCAAAGAUGUAAGCAGCUUUUCUACACGUAUCUUAUAACAAUUCUGUUCAUGGUUUGUUUCGCUUGAAACUACCUCCAUGAUCUCCCUACUUUGCAGUUGGUGCAUUUGAGUGCACUUGACCAUCCGAUAUGCCUAUUGACGUUUAGAAAACCGAUCCUCAACAACGUUCCGAUUUGCAGGUUUAUGGGGAUCCACCACUUUACAGUUUGUCCUCGUGGUUAUUUUUAUCAUUUGUUCUGCAUCUGUGCAGUUUAUUAUAGCCAGUAUUGUCUUCAGACAAUAUUCUAUCUGCGUUCUGUAACAGAUACGUCUGUCGAAUUCACUGUGAUUCGGUUUUCUACUUCAAUCUCUAUUCCUGCUAGUCUCGAGUUCGGUACCAACAUCAUCUAUCGUGUGAUUUGUUUUCAUCCAGAAAGUGUCGGUUGUAUGAACGAUCAUUCGCAAGAUGUUCCCAUUGCACGGAAACUCGCAAGUGGGAUUUUUUACUUAUUAGAGUCCUUAGUUUCAAUAUGUAUGUGUUAGUUUUAAAGGCGGAGGUAUUGCUCCCCAUGGAUCAUAGAGAAACACCAGUCGUGUCGUGGGGAUGACUCGCAGAACUUGGCGCUUUUGUGUACACGACCCAUCGAGCGUCUCAGGUCACCUAUCUUCGCGCCAUCCACCAACCACCGGUGCCACAGUGUUUCUGUCGCUAGUUACUUACCGAAUUCGCAAAAAUUAAUUCUAGCAGAUCUCGCGGUACUUGAGUAGAACAAGUGUUAAAUCACCAAAUCCGGUAUGUUAACUGUGGUCCGGGUACCGAAAAGUGUUGGACCAAGUCGAUUGACGCAAGUAACCUUAGACGAAGGAUUACGAUAGUAGAGGGGAAAUAAAAGGCAUUUCCCAGUGAUUAGAACCUAAUUCGGCAGGAUAGUUCGAUGGGAGACUAUCGGUUAGGAGCAAGGUACCGGAUUGUCUUGUACCCUUAGCGUGGUGUUAGGGCCUGUUUGGUGCGCUGGCGCCUCAAAUGUCUCUAGGUCACUGGGUAGAGGCUAAACAACCUCCGUCCCCAUAUCCUCCCCAUAGAAGAUUCGGUGGAUUCUGUGCUCCUCUUCUUUCAAAAACCGUCCUUGGAAAACGAUGGUGUACGGGUCAUAAGCUCGGUUUAGUUGGCAUAGCGCAUGUGCUUUGAGUCGCCUCCGGUGGUAGGGGUACCUAUCCAGUUGCUUCUCCCCAUGCGGUUGACGAUGGUUUCGGAUGUAUCAUCCGAUGCAGUGGGAAAACUCACAAGCUAUUCUAAAGCCACAAAGUUUGUAUUUGACCAUCUUAUGUAGAUCCCCGAUAGACUGCAGUCCGCACUUUGGGGCUGGGCAUGCUUCGUGGUAAGACCAUUUGGACCGGAGUUCUGGGUGGUGUCUUCCAUGUAGAUCUUCAUUUUUCCAGUCUUUAUGCGUCAGACGUUUGGAUCAAACAUUAGGUGUGGGACUCAUUCAAAGCAUGCCCCUCUUUCAGAAUAGAAGGGAUGACAGAAUUCGCCACCUGAAAUACUUAGCCGCCGGUGCUCACCCCUUCCCACUUCUAACCUUUUGGAAAUCCCCUCAUCUUAGGUUACAAAGUUGCCGGUUCGUUCAGAAUUCCCCAACUGGGGCUAAGAGAUGGUCUCGUUUUACAUCGUCCAUUCCGGAGUAUGUACAUUGGGUCGGAUCGGUCAGCAAACGUUACUGGUCUCCACUCCGCACGCUUGAAGUGUUUCCGAAGGGCGCGUGCAAGCAAGUAUUAUUGUAAUGCAUCUUAGACUCCUUUGCUGUUAUUCUAAUAACCUGCAUGCUUUUGGCACCCAUGACGAUUGAUAAUCUGCUGUCACUUAACCGCAAACCGCAGCCGUAUCCCUCGGUCUUGGCUUCAAAAUGCCAUCUCCUCAGAUGCAUACUGGUUUCGUCGACGCAAACGUCGUGCAUCAAUAUAGUCACCUUGUUUUCUUGACUUCAAUCUCACUUUUUAAUGACGUCUGGUUCAGAAACAAACUACUGAACGUGUCACAUAAUUUUUUAAAUGCUCCAAUACAGCAGCGAAUAUGCCUCCACGCAGAUCAAUAUAAUGCACUCCGUGAGCUGGUCUGCCGAUGGCCGAAAAAACAAAGCUACGGCGUUGCAACCCGAACAUCACCCGUUCGAGCCUGCGUAGGGGCCCGGGCGACCCUCACAGUAUCUGGCGAUGGUUGCGUGACAAUGAAGCUUCGAUACAGCGUACUUACAAACUGUUGAUCCCUCUUAUCUAAGCAUCAUCAUCAUCAUUAUACACGUCAGCUAGAGGUGGGAAACCCCUCAGCUACUGUGCCGCAAUACAUAAAGG